ACCAUUUGUUGAGGCAUCACCCAGUGGGUAUGGAGGACCACAAGGACAUUAUUGAUGUGCUGACGGUAGUGCACCUCCUUGACCGUGUACAACCUCCCAUCCCUGAGGCCCUGAAUGAGGAGGCAGCUACUCCUGCGGGCCAAAGCAGUAUUGAGGGCCCAAGCACGAGCACAGCUCUGGCCGAAUGUCCCUCUCGUCUGCCUGUUGCUACCCCUUGGGUUGUCCCUACCCCCGAUCCCUCUCCGUCCACCCCACAUCCAUCUCUUAGCCCUGCCAUCCCUUCAUCCACCCCACAUCCAUCCCCUAGCCCCACCAUCCCUUCACCCAUCCCACAUCCAUCUCCUCGUCCCACCAUCCCUCCACCCACUCCACAUCCUUGUCCUGGGUUUGACAUUCGUCCACCCACCCCACGGUCAUUUCCCAAGCUGUCACCCAUUCCAUCCUUUGACCUGGGUAUUGAUCCGACCCCAUCUGACAUGCAGCAGGAGCCACCCUCCCACAGUACGUCUAUUGGCCCUUCUUCAGCCAUCGACCCACCCCAUGUUCAGGUUGAGCAGGUUGUUGGGUUACUUGCAGUGGCAAAAGGUCGGCCGAAACGCAAAUCAAAGGCACCUCCUUGUGGGACAGGGGGGCACAAACAUGGACACAACGCUGGGCCCGAGGCAUCUGAUGAAGGACAUGCAAGACCUCCUCCUCAUUAUAUGAGACGACAUAAGGUCCAAAAAAGAUGAUGAUGCUAUGAAAAAGCUGGGAGCACUGAAAUUCAUGUUCAGCAUAAUAAAAGUUGCAACAAAUAACUUUUCUAAUGCCAAUAAGCUUGGAGAUGGCAGAUUUGGUUGAUUUUGAAGUGGCUGGUCUCUAUUAAAUCAUUUAAGGCUGGGGAUAUGAGGAUUUGACUACAGGCUGUUGGUUUGGAUCGUUCAGUAAGCUCCCUUAGCUUCCUUUUUUAGUUUGUGAUGUAUUUAACUGGGGCCAGUUAGAGGGGCUGAGCUGAAUGAAGUUGGGGAGUUUGAAAAUGUGCUCUAUGAUUAUGUUUUUUAUCAGGAGCUUAUCUAUUUUUGAACUUUGCUCAGU